AUGGCAAACACGCCGGAAUUGGACGAUUAUUCGGCAUACGCUAGCCUGACCGACGAGGAGCUGCUCCAGCUCGCUGUAGAGCGCAGUCUGGCGGAGGCCUGCCUCCGGCCCCUCGCGCGGGCUCCUGACCCCAAGGUCGACAAAAGUCAACAAGUUGAGCAAGGCCCCGCCCACUACAGCUCGCCCAACCCACCUGCACCAAAGCCUCCUGACCUAGGGACUUUCGAAGGCACCGUCAGCCGCUUCACCACAGGCGCCGGGAUGAAGAUGUUGGCUUAUCGCAAAUUGGACGGCACCUUGGUCCACGUGGUGCCGGAACCUGAGGAGGAGGAGGAGCCCAUAUUCCGAGCGAUCCGGGCGGGCGACACGGUACGUUUGAAGGCGCUGAUCACGGCCUCCGGAGGAAACCCGAUGCUGCCCGCCAAGCCCGGCUGGCUCGCCAUUCAUCAGGCGGCGUGGCUGAACCGGGAGGCCUGCCUCAGAGUCCUCCUGACGGCCCAGCCGGGGAUGGUGAACGAGCGCAGCGAGCGCGGCGAGACCCCGCUGCUGGUGGCCGUCAGCGGAGAGCACUCGGGCUGUGCCGGACUCCUGUUGGAAAACGGCGCCGACCCCAACGUGGCCGACCGAGAGCACGAGACGCCUCUGUACAAAGCUUGCGAGAAGGACAACCCAGCGCUGGUGGCGCUCCUGCUCAAUCACGGCGCGGCGGUGGACGCGAAGUGCUUCCAGGGUUGGACGGCCCUGCACGAGGCGGCGUGCCGCGACAACGUGGAGAUCUGCCAGAUGCUCCUGAAGGCCGGGGGAAAGCACAGCCCCAGGGACAACUACGGCAUCACGCCCUUGUUCACCGCCGCGCAGGGCGGACGGCUGGCUUCUCUUCGCCUCCUGGUCAAACACGGCGCGGACAUUAACAGCCAAGCUGAGGACGGAGCUGCGCCGCUUCACGAAGCGGCUAAAAACGGCCACGCCGACAUCGUGGAGUUUCUCCUUUCCCAGAAAGCGGACGCCAACAUCGCGGGAAAAGCGGGACUGUUGCCGCUUCACAUCGCCGCACGUAAAGGAAGCGAAACCAUCGUGUCCAUGUUGAUCCCGGCCACCUCCAAGGCCAGAGUCCGGCGCACCGGCAUCAGCCCGCUGCACGUGGCCGCCGAGCACAACCGCGACGAAGUCCUGGAGCUCCUGAUCCGGGCCGGUUUCGACGUCAACGCCCGGCUGUCCGAAGAGCGCUCCCGACUGUACGAGGACCGGCGCGGCACGGCGCUUUACCUGGCCGUGGACAACUACAACGUGGACAACGUACGCUCUUUGCUGGAAGCCGGCGCCGAUCCCAACCUGGACGUCUUCGGGCCGCUGCUGGUGGCGGCGAGGCAAGGAUGCGCGGAGAACGUGGCGCUGCUGGUGGAGCACGGCGCCGACGUCAACGCCCGUAUAGCCACCCGCCCCACUGACUUCCCCGCUGUCUUUUUGUUCACCAUGAAGUAUCUCCCCAUGUUCAAGUACCUGCUGGACAACGGCGGCGACGCGCUCUCCUGCUUCCGUUGCGCGUACGGGAGCGGGCCCCACCCGCCGCUCCAAACCGGGAGGUCACACCCGGGUCACCUGGGCUACCCUGAAACGCGGCGGCCGCUUGGUGGCGGCGGUGCGCGAAGCGUUCAGUUCUGCGAGGUGAUCUCGGCCCCCAGCAUCAGCCGCUGGGCGGGGCCCAUCUUGGACGUGCUGCUGGACUACGUGGGUCACGUGAAGCUCUGCUCGCGACUGGUGGAACACUUGGACAGUUACGACGACUGGAGCGUUAUCAAAGAAAAAGCCGCUCUGCCGAGGCGGCUGCUGCAGCUGUGCCGCGUGCGCGUGGUGCAGCUGGCGGGCCGGCACCGCUUGAAGAGCUUGCCGCUUCCCGGAACGCUCAUCCGAUUCCUGCUGCACCGGGAAGCUUCCGUCACCUUGUGA